UAGAGCGGCUGCAGGACCAGCAAGAACAGCUUUGAACCGGUUUUGUCGCCUCUACAAAGCACAGGAAAGGAUGAACCCUGCGCCUUAUUGAAGCAGAGUUCUGACUUGACACGCGGCUAUCAAAUAUCCCAGCUCUGCAGCAUCCGCGUGCUUGGUUAUGUCUUUUGUAGUUAUUUUGUAAGAAGGGAUUUUAUUGGCGAAACCAUCCUACAUGGAAAGUUCCCGCAGAGCGCGCGGCUCUGCAGGGUCCUGCUGCUGUUAUUGUAGAUGCUGAGGACCCCCUUCUCUGCCUGAGCUGUAGCAGACCCCAGGGGGCAGCAGAAACAUCAGUGUCAUGGCUUCUUCUACUGAUGUGCUGGACGGAGGCUGGGGAUGGGCAAUUGUUUGCGCCUCUUUCAUGGCCCAGCUCCUGGCCUAUGGAUCACCACAGUCUGUGGGCGUCCUUUACCCAGAGUGGCUGAAUGCCUUCCAGGAGGGCAAAGGCAUGACGGCCUGGGUGGGCUCCCUAGUGUCCGGAGUGGGGCUAAUAGCAAGUCCAAUCUGCAGUGCCUGUGUUGACAAUUUUGGGGCUCGUCCCGUGACCAUCUUCAGUGGCGUAAUGGUGUCAGGCGGCCUGAUGCUCAGUGCCUUUGCUCCCAAUGUCCAGUUCCUCAUCUUUUCCUAUGGGAUCGUGGUUGGUCUGGGUUGCGGUCUGGUGUACGCAGCCACGCUGACCAUCACCUGUCAAUACUUCGACAAGAGACGCGGCCUUGCCCUCGGCAUUGUCACCACAGGCACAAGUGUUGGAGCGUUCUUAUAUGCCUCCGCUCAGAACGAGCUCAUCGUGAUGUACGGCCUGGAUGGCUGCUUGUUGAUUAUCGGAGCCGUAGCACUAAACCUCAUGGCCUGCGCUGGGUUCAUGAGGCCCCUCAACAUGCCAGGGUACUACCUCAAACAGAAGGCCGCCCUGGAAUGCAACACAGAGGAGCAGCUUUUCGAGAAGCCCCCACUGGAUGACCUGACAAUCACAGCAGGUUCAACCUCAACCACUCCAGAUAAAUCUCUGAUGGUGAAGGAGAUGCUUAUCACCAUUGAUACCAAAGACUCAGCCGUUCAGACAGAGAAGAAGAAAAGCAGCUUCCUGGCUGGGUUGGCCAUCAUUAAAGUCAUCAAGAAGAAGCAGCAGGCUUAUUCCAAGUACAUGCACUCCAUGUAUGAGAUCAUGCAGGACCAAUCGAUGAUGUCCUUCUGCAUUAGCAUCUUCCUGUUCAGUCUGGGGGCUUUCCCUCCUGUGCUCUUUAUAGAGGAUGUGGCGAUGAGCCAAGGACUCAUGGAAGAAGUUAGUGUCAUUCCUUUGGUAUCAAUAGGGGCUAUCGCCUCUUGUGCUGGUAAACUACUGCUGGGUAUGCUGGUGGACAUCAAGUGGAUUAAUGGCAUCUUUCUGUAUGCCUUCACCAUGUUUGCUGGAGGUUUGGCACUGUUCCUUAUCCCUCUCACUAAGAGUUAUCUGGGACUUCAGAUCCUGUCCUUCGUCCUGGGUUUCUUCUCUGGAAACUGGUCUCUCACCUCCUACAUUACCACUAAGAUCGUUGGCUUGGACAAACUGACUCAAGCCCACGGCAUCCUCAUGUUCUUCGGGGGCUUUGGGAUCAUGUUGGGCCCCCCUGUUGUAGGGUGGUUCUUUGACUGGACGCAGUCAUAUGACUUGGCGUUCUACUUCAGUGGGGGCUGCGUGGAGCUGGGAGCGGUAAUUCUCCUUCUGCUAAACCUGCCCUGCUGGAAAAGGAAGUCCUCUGAGAGUGACAGACCAGACGUCCAGUACACCAGCAACUGUGACAAAGUUGCCUCUGUAGCCUGAGUUUAAACACCUUUCAUAAAGACUCAUAUCUCACACCUACUGCCAAGCUAUUUUCCGCUGAUACCCAAACCUUCUCUGGGAGGACUUCAUUUCUUUGACUUUGCAGGUGUCCUCCUUACCUUUGCUGCCAGGUUCUAAUAUACCAAAAUACUUGCCAGAGGUUUUGAAAUACAGGCCUUUCUUCUGUACGUUGCCUGCAUUUCUCAGGUUCAAACAAUAGUGCAGAUCUUUUUAUAGGUUUGACUGUAAUACCUGUGUUGACUUUAAUUAUUGCCUCAUUUUACGAGGUGAACUGAACAAUGUUGUUCAACUCCCAAAUUUUGCAUUGUGUUUACGUAAACACUUAUUUUCUCUUCGCUGUAGCUCUUGAAAAUAGACAUAUUGUUGUUCAUAUUACCUGGGAGAAAAACAUUGUUGGUUGUUAAUUUAACACAAUGAGAACAUUUCAAACCACUCUGAAACUGCACACAGAAUUCUCCCAGGAAUCUCACUGGAACAGAAAAUAUACAGGGAUUGAUGAGAGAGGGAGCGCUUUUUGAUAAUCAUCAUUUUAGCAACACAUUUUUAUGGUUUUAAUAUAAUUCAUGUCUUAAGUAGACCACUAUGUAACUUUGCAAAGCAUCAAUGAUAGUCAAUGCCUGUCAACACAUAAUGCCUGUUGGAACAAUUCAAAAGCCUUGCUUUAUAAAUAUUAUUUUGAAUUCCACAUACCUCGUGUUUCUAGGAAUGAGAGACUUUUUGAAAAAGUUAUGCUGAUUCAAAAACAUGUAAAGACAAUGAAGAGAUCCUACUGUAUUUCCAACCUUAACAGCAUGUUGCUCUUUGUGGCAUGAUUAUCAUGACAUCUGCUGGCGAUUCAUUUUGACCAGGCUGAUCCUUUCCCAUUUCCCAUUAUUGUUGUGAGUGCUAUAUGUUUACGUGUGCAUUGUGUGUGUACCUGUCUGCACACGCAUCGCAUACGUGCACAGGUUUGUAUGUGUGUGCUAUGGAUUGUUUGAUAAACUUUUAUAUUAGCAAUAGUUUGUAAAGUCCUAUGUGCUAUUGCAUUUUAUAUAUGCACAAAACAGGCCAUAGAGCUGUAAAAAAAAAAGAAUUUCAACGUUGGAAGAUGAUUAUUGUGGUAAUAAUUGUAAUGAAGACAUUGCAAUAGGCUUUUAGAAUCACUUGAAUGUUGCUAAAUACACCACUACAAAUGUAUUUUUGAUAGUUCCAGUUUCAGGCACAAGGGUAAAUCUGGGACGAUAGCUUUUUGUGAUGUAGAGUAUUUACAAGGUGCAGAUAAGCUAGAAAUAGUACAGAACUAGAGGAGAUACCCAGCCAUUCUUAUUUUGUAUGCCAGUAUUACAAUAUUCAUGUGUAUUAUUGUUUUAUUUAAAAAAAAAAAAAUUGGCCAAUAAAAUAUUUGCAUUUAAAACUG